CGCUGCCGCUGCCCAGCCGGGACAGCCGCCCGCAGCAUGGACUCGGACUCGGGCGAGCAGAGCGAGGGCGAGCCGGUGACCGCCGCAGGUCCUGAUGCAUUCAGCUCCAAGAGCCUCGCCCUCCAGGCCCAGAAGAAGAUUCUCAGCAAGAUUGCCAGCAAGACCGUGGCCAACAUGCUGAUCGACGACACAAGCAGCGAGAUCUUCGAUGAGCUCUACAAGGUCACCCAGGAGCACACGCACAGCAAGAAGGAAGCCCACAAGAUCAUGAAGGACUUGAUCAAGGUGGCGGUCAAGAUCGGGGUCCUCUACCGCCACAACCAGUUCAGCCCUGAGGAGGUGGCCAUCGUGGAGAAGUUCCGGAAGAAGCUGAACCAGACGGCCAUGACCAUGGUCAGCUUCUACGAGGUGGAGUACACCUUCGACAGGAACGUGCUCUCGCAGCUGCUGCACGAGUGUCAGGACCUGGUGCAUGAACUGGUGCGGCGCCACCUCACACCCCGCACCCACGGGCGCAUCAACCAUGUCUUCGACCACUUUGCCGAUGUGGGCUUCCUGUCCACCCUCUACAGUCUGGAGGGAGACUGCAGGCCGAGCCUCAAGAGGAUUUGUGAGGGAAUCAAUAAACUGCUCGAUGAGAAAAUCCUCUGAAUGCCUUCCCUCGCCCGCUGCCC